AUGAACACUCCACCACCACUGAAGCUUCAUCAUCUAUGGCUGAAAUUGAUGACCACACUAGUGUUGCCUCUCUGCUUCUCAACCUUCACCGUUUCCUGGUCUAACGAAUUCGACUCUCCAUCCGAUCAUUAUAACCCCUCCCUAACUACAACAUACACAUACAACAGGUUCACCGAGAUUCAACACAGGUGUGGUGAUGGUGUCGGCAGAAGCAGCAGCAGCACUCUCCUCCCAACAUCAUCGCCGCCGCUGCUUUCUCCACUGGCUUCUGAUGACAACAGAGGCAGCAGGAUUAGGAACGAGCUGUCGUUCGUUAGUGGAGAUUGGGUUCAGGAAUCCGAUGGUGGUUCACCAUUGCCACAAUUAUCUGCUCAUCAUGAUCCACUAUCCACUUCUCUGUUCAGGUUGGCUUCUUUCCAGGUCACGGAUGUCGAUUCGGUCCGUCGGUCCAACGACAUGGUCAGUGUCAGUGGGAGGCUGGUGCUGUCCCUGACGGAUGGUCCUGGAUUCCGGUACAGGGCUCAGUCUGAUGAUGGUGGCUUCGGAAGGUCUUCAAUGGGGUCUGAUGGCUUUUCUGUUCAUCUUGAAGGGGUCUACUUUGAAGUGAAUGGAGAAAGGGUAAUGUGCUUUCUUGGUAACACAUCAAUGCCUUCUUCCCCUUUCAUGAACGGAUUGAAUACCGAUCUUGCUUAUCGUCGCAAAUCUCGAGGAUGUAACUGCGAGGGAGAGAAAAAUCAGCAGGUUCCUUUGGUUCAGAAUGAUCAGAUUAUGCUGGUUUUGAGGUAUCCAAAGGUGUUCACCUUUAGUAGCAGGGGUGUUUUUGGUGAAAUGAUGAGCUUUGGGAACAAAGAUAAAGGGAAUUACUUUGAUAAGGUUUACAUUUCUUCUCAAUUGAGCAGCACUACUUCUAAGUAUCAAUUCUCGGCUGAUGAACAACUUUUAUCAGAAGUUUGCAGCUCGAACUCGAAUCGGGACAAGGUCAAGUUGUAUGAAGGAGAUGGUUUCUGUCACACUCUAAAAGACAUGCUAAACAAUGAGAUUCUGGACUUGGUAGUACAAUCGACAGGAUCGAGCAUGAAUCAAAGCAGCAGCAGCAAGCUCGGGCCAUUCGUCCUCGAGAGCAGCAGUAUGGCUAGUAAUGCACCACUAGGGCUCCUCAUCCAUCAUGUGCAAUGUCAACAACAUGAUGAUGGGAACGUGAAAGCUGCUAAAGUGGCUGCUGUGUUGAGAAUUGUCCCUUCUUCGGAUAGAUUCGGUACUAGUAGAGGAAGAACUGGACUAUCCACCAUGACACUUUCUGCAGAAGGGAUAUGGAGAAGUGGUCAAGAGCUUUGCAUGGUUGCUUGUGUAGGAAGCAACACUAAACAUCGUAAUUCCUCUACUAGCAGAUCGUGUGACUCGAGGGUAUGCUUGUCGAUCCCUCUCGAGCUCUCCAUCAAGGAGAGAAGGCUCCUCUUUGCUUCAGUCUCAAGCAAUACUGGAGAUAGUGAGACUGAGUUCCCUGCUCUGCUGUUUGAAAAGGUAAUCCGUCCUAGCGAGCUUUCUUACAGGCACUACAUGAAACAGUCAUACAAAUACUCGGAACUUGUUAUUAUGCAAGCAAGGGCUUUCGAGAGAAGGACAGGUAGUAGGACUUCCUUUCCUGAUUUAGGGGUUUCUCUCCUUAAAUACCCAUCCUUGGGUAGAAAUGGAGUCUCCACCUUGGCUCAGCUAGCAGAGGAGUUUACAAUCAAUGUAGGAGCCGUCCACGAGAAGAAACUAAUGAAGGCUUCUGUUGAGCUAGAGAUUCUCUCUUUAGGCUCAUACGUUCGUGGCGACGAUCAACAAAGGAACCACCAGAGGGUUCACAAAGAAGAAGAAGAAGAAGACGACACGAUUGAAGUUUCUGGGCUUCUCAAACUCGAGGCUUCGAACAGCAUCUCGCUCUCCUUCGAAGGUAUCUACAACAAACUCACUGGAGAGAUGCAUCUAGUUGGCUGCAGAGACAUUAGAAAUGUCAGCAGCAUUGAAGAAGGGAUGGAUUGUGAAUAUGAGAUCAGAGUGGAGUAUCCCUCUACAAACACAAGGUGGAUGCUGAAUCCCAAGGCUAGAAUCUCAAUCCACAGCAGAAGAGACAGUUCAGAUCCAUUCUACUUCCCUUCAAUCAGUUUAACAACACAUCCCAUUCCUUAUAUGAAUGAACACGAUGACAUGAGGUACCGAGCCACAUUCGAGACAACGCUUCAUGUACUGAUGCUGACAUCUGCAGUUGUGCUUAUACUCAGACAGGUGAGCUACAUGGAAACCACCACCAACAUUGCAGCUUAUGUAUCCGUCGUCACGCUUGGCAUCCAAGCUAUGGGCUAUGGCAUUCCGCUCCUGACCAGCACAGAAGCAAUGUUUCCGUGGAAGGUCGUUUCGCCCCACCCACGAACCCACGUUGAACCCGACUUUUCGAUCAAGAUCCUUCUCUUCGUUGCCUUGCUGCUCACUCUAAAGCUCUCGAACAAAGUUAAACUGUCGCGUGGAUUGUCACGCGACAACGGUAGAGCUCUAAACAGGAGGGAUUUGAGAGCUCUGUUCAUCACUCUAGCCAUUCUUGCAGCUUGCAUUCUGUUCCUACAAACGCUCCCCAUCCUCACAAAUCCUGCUGCAGAACAAGCUUUCAAGCCAGCUGAUGACUACUUCCCCGAGGAGAAAACAAUGCACCGGUCCAGAUCAGAAAUCAUGUCGACAACAAGGACGAUGGAUGGGCUUGGCAUUGACUAUGAUGGGAUCGUUCAGGAUCUAUUUCUUGUUCCACAAGUUAUUGGGAAUGCCUUGUGGAAACUGCAGGGUAGUAGUAAUGGUGGUAGUAAACGGGCCUUGACCGGUUCGUACUACAUUGGGUUCACGGUGUUGAGGGUGCUGAUCAAAGUGUAUGAAUGUGUGAGGGAUCCUGUGCUUUAUGGCAAGGAAAUGGCUUACGGUGAGACCGCGGCGACGAUGGAGGAUUACUCUGGCAAUCUGAUCAGCAACAUGGUUGUGGCAGCUGGUGUGAUUGCUGUAGCAGUGGUUGUGCAUUUGCAGCAGAAGGGUGGUGAUGAUGAGGACCAGCAGAAAGUUGACAGGAAAAGGAAAGGGUGGUGGUGA